AACGGACGUGCUAAGAUGGCGGAGCCUGUGGAGAAGCCUGAAGUGACGGAGGAUUUUAAGAAGCCUACUCUCCCGCCCCCGUCGUCUGGCCAGCUAACUCGGGGCAAAGAAGUCGAGGCGGCGGCGGCGGCGGCGGCUCCGGCUCCUAAGCUCCCGCGUGGCCCUGCCCCGGGCCCCUGCACGCCUGUGCUGCCAGAAUACCAGGAGCCGCCAUGGGGAGGCUGCCCCGCAGAGGAGGACUCAUCCGGCUACAGCCUGGAGCUGGUGAAAGGCGGCGCGGUGCUGGACAGCAUCAGCCUGGGUGGCCGGAGCUGGCUGAUGGUGGGCCGCGCGCCGGGCUGCGACCUCUCCCUGGCUCACCCGUGUGUGUCGCGGAACCACGCCGUGCUCCAGCACCGCCCGCGAUCUGCAGGGGAUGGGGAGCAGGCUCAGGCGACGGAGGCGCAUGAAGGAAAAGAGGAGGGCCCCGAGCCCGGCCUCUACGUCUACGACCUGGACAGCGCGCACGGCACCUUCCUCAACAAAGCGCGGAUCCCGCCCCGCACCUAUUGUCGGGUUCGGGUAGGCCACGUCUUGCGCUUUGGGGGCAGCAGCCGCCUCUUCGUCUUGCAGGGUCCAGAGGAGGAUCAAGAACCUGAAUCAGAACUGACCGUAACCCAGUUGAAAGAACUGCGUAAGCAGCAGCAGGCCAAAUUAGAGAAAACCAUGCUGGGUGAUGAUUCUGAUGAAGAUCUAAAGGAAAAAGAAGAACAAAGAAAUGAAAACAGUCGUAAUAAUGAUUUAAGUUGUUCCUGGGGAAUGGGGGAAGACGCAGAGGAAGAGGAGGGUGAGGAAAACCCAAUCGCCAUUGAGUUUCAGGAAGAGCAAGAAGCCUUUUAUUUGAAAGAUCCAAGAAAGGCAUUGCAAGGGUUUUUUGACCGAGAAGGCGAAGAAUUAGAGUAUGAAUUUGAUGCCCAUGGAACUGGCACCUGGCUUUGUAGGGUGAAACUGCCGAUAGAUGAUGCUUCAGGGAAGCAGCUUGUGGCUGAGGCUAUGCAUUCAGGCAAGAAAAAAGAAGCAAUGAUCCAGUGUGCACUGGAAGCCUGCAGGAUACUGGACGCGAGGGGUGUGCUGCGGCAGGAGGCAGUAUCACGAAAACGAAAAGCAAAGAAUUGGGAAGACGAAGAUUUCUAUGAUAGUGAUGAUGAUACAUUCCUUGAUCGGACAGGAGUUAUUGAGCAGAAACGGUUGAACAGAAUGAAGAAAGCUGGAAAGAUAGAUGAGAAGCCGGAAACGUAUGAUUCAUUGGUUGCAAAAUUGAAUGCAACUGAGAGAGAGCUUUCUGAGAUAGCAGAAAAGCUGAAAACUUCAAGGACAACACAAUCCCAGCCAGCAGCUCAAGAUUCCUUGGAUGAAUUCAUGACAGAAAUAAGAUCGGGAUGUGCCUUGGACAGCGUGACACGUAAAAAGUUUCACUUGCGGACCUUUGAACUGAGGAAGGAACAGCAGCGUUUGAAAGGAUUGAUUAAGAUUGUUACACCCGCAUCAAUGCCAGAGCUGAAAUCCCCGCUUGGGAGUCAAGAUCUGGAAACACAAAACAAGCCUAAAAAGCUAACUUUACCUCUGUUUGGGGCCAUGAAAGGGGGAAGCAAAUUCAGACUGAAAACCGGGACUGUAGGGAAAUUGCCCGUGAAGCGUCCAGAUAUACCUGUAAACCUAUUGAAGAUGAAAGAUGAGGGGCCGGAGGAGGAGGAGGAGGAGGAGGAGGAAGAGGAGGAAGUAGAAAUGAAGACUGUGAAUCAAAGAACACAGAACUCAAAGAUGAAAAUUGCAUCACAAGAAAUGUUUAAACAAGAGAAUCAGCCUACCAGUUCUCAUUCUCACAGCAAUCAAGACAUGGAAUUCAUUCAUGAAUUUGAAAAGCCUGCAGAAAAGCCCAAGAAUAAGAAAGCUAACAGUGCAAGUAGUAGGGUUCAACAACACACUGUGUCCUCAAACUAUCCAGAAGAUGACCCAGACUACUGUGUAUGGAUGCCACCUGAAGGUCAGAGUGGUGAUGGCAGAACUCAUUUGAAUGCAAAAUAUGGCUAUUAAACUUGAGGUUCUGGUUUUGAGAAGUCAACGGACUACGGCACAGGGUAGAAGACACCACUGAAACGGCAAGCAACAAACUGUUUUGUUCUUUUUCACUCCUUUUAAUGUUUCCUGAACCUUGCCCACAAACACUACUUUCCCAACUAGACGUAAAUUCGUGUAUAUUGUGCAUCAGAAUGUAUAUAGUAGUGAGAUCUAUGUAUUUACAAAUGGAAAUUAUGUACAGCAUGGCUGGUUUUCUACAAUUAAAAAAAGAACCUAACGUGC